AUGUCGCUUAUGUUUAUAAUGUUUUUGUCUGUUUUGGUUGUAACAUGCAACGCAACAAAAGAUAUUUUCAUAUUGGCUGGACAAAGCAACAUGGCUGGUCUAGGAGGUGUUUAUAAUGAAAAAUGGGAUGGUGAUGUUCCACAAGAGUGUAAGCCAAGCCCAUCAGUUUUGAGACUAAAUGCAAAACUAGUUUGGGAAGAAGCACGUGAGCCUCUUCAUAGAGAUAUAGAUACGAGAAUAUCUUGGGGUAUUGGGCCCGGGCUUGCAUUUGCAAAUGAGAUAGUUAGAAUGAGAGGUGGCGGCGGAGGAAGAUAUGUUGUGGGACUUGUUCCCUGUGCGGUUGGUGGGACGAGAAUUGAAGAGUGGAGAAAGGGUUCUCGGUUGUAUAAUCGAUUGGUGAAACGAAGUAUUAAAUCGGUGAAGAAUGGUGGUGUAAUAAGAGCACUUGUUUGGUAUCAAGGUGAGAGUGAUACUGUAAGAGAAGAAGAUGCUAAGGCUUAUAAGACUAGAAUGGAAAGGUUUAUUCAUAAUAUUCGAUCAGAUCUUAAACUACCAAAUCUUCUUGUUAUUCAGGUAGCACUUGCAUCAGGAGAUGGAAAGUUCGUAAAUAUGGUGAGAUAUGCUCAAUUGAGUAUCAAACUUCCUAAUGUGAGGUGCGUUGAUGCUAAAGGACUGCGUCUUAAGGGAGAUAAUCUUCACCUUACAUCAACGUCUGAGGUUCAUUUGGGCAUCCAGUUAGCUCAUGCCUAUCUUGCCUCCACCAAUCAUCACUUUAAUUAUACACAAAUUAGCUAG